AUGGAGUUCCCGUUGUCACUACAACCGAAUAACGAAGAAAACGACGAUGACAUGAGUGUAGGAAAGAUAGCAUAUAUGGCAAUACAGACUGUUCUCUUGGUAUUUGGAAAUAUCGGUAACAUUAUGGUGAUUGGAGCUGUACUUGUCAAUGGUAAAAUCUUUCAAGCCGGCAACAUCUUCAUAAUAAAUCUUGCCUUAGCAGAUUUGUUCGUAACAGCGUUUGUUGACGUGUUUAGUGUCAUCGGUGUGAUAAGAUCACAUCACUAUUUUUCCAAUAAGUCGGCGUUAUGUGAAACAAUAGCUAGUGUGUGUGUAAUCGCAUGUAUAGCCUCGUUAUGGAACAUCAUGGCAAUCAGUAUUAAUCGAUACAUAUACAUUUGCAAGCACACAUUCUACAAGAUAGUUUACACGAAGCAGAAUACCAUAAUAAUGGUUAUUGGUAUAUGGAUCGUUUGUGCGCUAUUAGAUCUACCCAAUUUCCUUGGAUGGGGCGGCCAUGGCUACGACCAUAAAACAAUGGUAUGUACAUACGAACGCACUGCUAGCUACAGCUAUACUAUAUCUUUGCUUACUGUUGCUGUUUAUAUCCCCGUGGUGGUCGUCACAGUGUGCUACUUCAAUUUGUUUCUAUUUGUACGCCGACAGAAGUUACGAAUCGCAUCUACAUACAGCCAGUCUAAGACUGAACGAAAAAUUAAUUCCAGAGACAUACAACUUCUGAAAACUCUAUUUUUCAUUUUUGUGGUCUUCUUUGUCUGCUGGGCACCAUACGCUGCGGUUGUCAUGGGUGAUAGAAGAGAUGAGUUUCCUCCGUAUAUUCAUGCUACUGUUAUAAUCCUUGCCCACGCUAAUAGCAGCCUGAACAGCAUCAUGUACGGAGUAAUGAAUAAACGGUUCAGACAGAACUACAUACAAUUUGUCUGCGUGGUCCUCAACUGCCGUACCGACCACCGGGAAGGAUCAGUAACGCACAGAGAAGGGUCUCACGCAUCGGAGGUUCGUAGGAGUGAUCAUUGUGAAGUCUCAGUGACUGGUGAUCGCUACAACCUUAUUUCCGGCGGUGGUGUGUUUAUGACAAAAACAUUAAGGGGAAAAGAAGAGAAAACACCCCAGCUGACUUUAUGA